GCUUUGUUCGAGGAGAAGAGAGGCAAGGGCAGUGCUCAUUAGAUCUUGUUUUCAUUGGGCCCGGAGGGGGCUUUUCAAGGGCAAUUGACGGGCUUCGAGGACGCAGUUUCAAGGCUAGGCUGCUAGGUAGAGUACGCUCAGGAAUCACUGUUCAUGAUGUCUGGGGCCUCGAGUCCGUUGUCGACGACCGAAGCGCCGAACGUGUUUCGGCAGUCUGUCCUGUCCAGCCGGCCCGUGAAGCCUGAUCUCGAAAAGGAAGAACUACGCGUGCAGGUGAACACGUUGAGAUAUGAGCUGGAGAAUAUCAAGCAGGAGCGUGAUUUGGCGGUCCUGCGCCAUGAGAAGGAGCUCCGGGAUCUGCAGUUAAAGGCAGAUGCGGACUUUCGAAAAGCACAGGCUGCCGAAGCGUCCAGCAAUCGAGCCAGUCACAAAAGUGAAACGCUCGCAAAGGAGCUCAAAGAAGUACAGGAUAGCACACUUACUGAAAAAGUCAGUCUAGAGCGGAAGAUCAGGACUCUACAAGACCAGAACCAGAAUCUACAGGAGGAAAUCAGCGACACACAGGCGCAGCUUUCCGAUCAGGAACGACAGUUCAAGUAUCAAAUUAAUGAGCUAGAAACCGUUCGGUCGUCGCUUCAGAGAACGCUCGAGGAGCUGCAGAAUGAGCUCCAAGAUGCGAGAACAACCCUCAAUACUACACAAGAGAGGCUGGUAGAACGUGAAGCCGAGGCCGCCAAUCUCGAGACUGAAAACCUACGCCUCAAAGCCGAAGGGAACGAUGCGGAGACACUGGUCGUCUUGAAGAGGGAGCUCUCCGAGCAAGUCAGCCAUAUCAGAAACCUCGAGAGCGUGAACCGCGACCAGGGCAACGAGUUGCGGCAUUUGAGAAAAAUCCAGAAAAACGUCGAGGUGGUCGAGGAACAGAAGAAGUCCCUGGAGAACCAGCUCCAGCUUAUGAAAGAGGUCGAGGCGGAGCUUAGCAAUGUGCAGAUCCAAAAGCAGAUGCUAGAGGAUGAACAGGCCGCGUGGACCAGUCUUCUACAGGUGGAUGAUCAGCAGCCACAGGAAUUCGACUCUCCCGAGGCAGUGGUGAAGGCACUUCUGCAAGAACGGAUUGAGAAGGCCACGCUAGUCGACAGAAUUGGCACGAUCGAAGCUCAGUUCUUGGAAAAGGACGAGGCUAUUCAUAUUCUUGAGCGUGAGAAGGCCAGCCUACGUCAAGAACUGGAGAAACUCCGUGCAGCAGGACCUGUGACCGCGGGCACAGACAGUCGCGUAAAAGCCCGGCUCGAACGCCAACGAGUGUUGGCCGUCAAAGAAGUCGAGUACUUACGAGCGCAACUAAAGACGUUUGACACGGAGGAAGUCACCAUGAACGCGGACGAGAACCGGUUUGACGAGCAGAAAUCUGAACAGAUUGCCAACCUCGAGAGGCUUAUUGACGAAUACCGGGGCGAACUUGAGAAGGCCCAUGAGGAACUCACUAAACGCGAAGCCCCUCCGUCUGACGAGAGCCUCCCGCAGCCAGCUCGGGGGAUCAAACGUCCUCUAUCGCCCGCCGAAAGCGAUGCCGAAAGCGAACGGCUGGCCGUGCUGGCACGCAAGAACCGAUCUUUGCAGGAGUCGCUGUCCAAAUCUGAGCAGGCUACCGCGCUUAUCCAGCGAGAACUGGAUGCCACCAAGUCCCAGCUCAAGUCACUCAAAGCCAAGUCCCGCACCCGCAUCCUUGAGCUCCGAGACAAUCCGACUGCCGCUGCCGAGAAUCUCAAGAUGUCCACCAUCACCACACUCCAAGCUGAGAACCGAGACCUCCUGGCUCAGCUUCGCGGCCAGCAUGCCGGGGUCAAAGUCGUCCCCUCCAGCACGCUGGAGAGCCUCAAGCUAGAAAUGCAGGAGAUGGAACGGACCGUGGCCGACAAGGAAAAACGCAUGCGUCGUCUCAAGGAGAUCUGGACGGCCAAAUCUUCCGAGUUCCGGGAAGCGGUCGCCUCCCUCCUGGGCUACAAACUGGACUUCCUCCCCAACGGCCGCGUGCGGGUCACAUCCAUGUUUCACCUUUCAGCGGCCUAUCGGCAUGGCGAUGGGGACACCCCCUCGGACUCGCGCGGACCGGGGAGCAUGGGUAACGGGGAGGAGAAUUCGAUCAUCUUCGACGGCGAGAACGGGACGAUGAAGAUCUCCGGGGGACCCAAUAGCCUCUUCGCCAUGGAGAUCAAACAUCUCAUCAAAUUCUGGGUCGAGGAACGGAAAGACAUCCCGUGCUUCCUUGCGGCCAUGACUCUCGAUUUCUAUGACAAGACCACGCGAGCAGCGAGGAUGUAGGAUUUUCUUCCUCGCGCUGGGAUUGUGGUUCUUUUGGUUAUGUUUAUGGUGAUUCCCCGGUAGUUAUAUUGUAUUCUACAUGGCUCUGCCAUAACUUAUGCAGGGAC